AUGAACAUCUGUAGCUGGAGUGUGAGGGGUAUGAAUGACCCCAGUAAGGUUGGAGAUAUUAAGAACUUUGUUAAUGUCAAUAAAAUUAGUGUAGUUGCUCUCAUUGAGACUAGAGUUAAGUUGAAGAAUAGUAGCAAAAUCCAGAAUAAGUUUGGGGCUCAGUGGCAUUGGGUCUCUAAUUAUGAUCAUUCUGAUAGGGGGAGAAUAUGGAUUGCAGUGUAUGGUCUUCAUUCCAUUGAAACUAGAAGAUCAUUGUGGAGAGAAUUAAGUAGCUUAAGUGCCCUUAAUAAUCUAGCUUGGUUGGUGAUGGGGGAUUUUAAUUCUAUUCUCUAUUCUGGGGAUAGGGUGAAUGGCAAUUCAGUCACUAAUGCAGAAACUAUUGAUUUUGAAACCUGUUUGAGUCAGACUGAUCUCACAGAACUCAAAAGCUGUGGACAUUUUUAUUCUUGGUAUAAGGGGCAUGAGGUGCAUAGAAUUAGUUCAAGAAUUGAUAAAGCUUUUGGCAAUUCCUGUUGGCAUGGUACUUACUCUGAUGUGGUGGUUGAUUACAUGAAUCUUGGAUUAUCAGAUCACACUCCUCUGGUUAUGAAUUAUAAGAUGAAUAUGAAGAAGGGAGGUAGACCAUUCAAGUUCUUUAAUUACAUGGCAGAUCAUCCCCAGUUUUUGCAAGCUGUGCAGAAAGGUUGGGAGAAGAAUCAAACAACUUCAGUAAUGCAGAAUGUAUGGAGCAAACUUAAAGCAGUUAAAGUAGAACUUAAAGCUCUACACAAAAAGGAAUUUUCUCAGUUAGAAACUAAUAUUGAGAAAUGCAUAAGGGACUUGGAAAUGGCUCAAUCUAUCAGCAUUGCUAAUCCUGAUGAUAGUGUUGCUCAGGAAAAGGAGAAAGAGUGUGUGGCAAAGCUUAAAUUGUUUCUGAAAGUUCAAGAAAGUGCAUAUAGGCAGAAGUCUAGAAUUCAGUGGCUUCAGCUUGGGGACUCUAACUCCAAAUUCUUCUUCAGUGCCAUGAAGGAGAGGUAUGCCAUUAAUAGCAUUGAUGUUUUAUAUGAUGAUCAUGGUACAAAGCUGACAACUGAGACUGACAUUCAGGCUGAAAUUAAAAACUUUUAUGGAAAAUUGAUUGGUUCUGCUGCAACUUCUCUAACUGGUAUUGAUGUUCCUAUUGUUAGACAUGGGAUUCAAUUGAGUGCUGCUGAUGCAGACUCUCUCAUUAUUCCAAUUUCUGACUUGGAAAUUGAUACUGCUAUUAAGGGAAUCAAUGUGAAUAAAGCUCCUGGUUUGGAUGGCUUUAACAGUCUCUUUUUUCAUAAAACCUGGAAUAUUGUGAAAGCUGACAUUUACAAUGCAAUCAGGGAUUUUUUUGAUACUGGUGUUCUGCUGAAGCCAAUUAAUCUUAACAGCAAGAAUGCAAGGUGUAAUUGGGAAGGUGGUUCAUUGUGCCCAGGCAGGAUUCAUUCCUGGAAGAAAUAUUGCAGAUAA